AAAUUCGCAAUAUUUCACAUAUUAUUUUCUAAUAUUAGGUGACGAUACGCCUUGUUACGUGAUUGAAUCUUCCCCCCUCCAUUCAUAGGUUAACCACGUGCGUUUAAUCAUGUUUGGUGAAAUACGUGGAAGGAAUUUGAUGCAUUUUUUUUUUUUUAAGGUUUAUUACGAAGUUCUAGUGUAGGCGAUUAUAUUACGUUUAAACUAUAAUUAAUUAUUUGUAAACAAUACUGCCAUCUGAAUAUAAUGAGGUGUUCCUUUAAUAUUGUUUCUUUUUGCCUUUCAAAAGGCCCACUUAUCGAUGACUGGAUGGACCAUCUUAAGGAAAUCAUGAGAGAACGAGAGCAAGAGAUAAUUAAUGAAAAACGUGAUUUGAUUUUGCCAUGUGUAGCACUUACAACACAUAUUAUGAAAGCUGCCAUUUACAUAGCAGACUGUCUAACACUGGAACCACAUGUAAAGCAACAUGUAAAAUACAUGGCUGUUGAGUUGUUUGAUAAAUUCAUGAACAAAAGCUUUUGGGAGGCUUGCAAUGCCAAUAUGGAAAACAAUGAUGAAUGGUAUGAAGUUUAUCAGAAAAAAACUUGCAAUUAUCUAAAGUUAUAUCUUGUAUCAUGUUUUCAAUUGGCAAGCAAAAUGAACUCUCAUGCCAAUAGUUUAACAAUAACGCAGGUUCUGGAGCUUCUACAGAUACUUGACCAAAAUUAUGAAUGCACACAAGAUAUGGUGUCCUUUAUGGAAAAAGAAAUUUUCAAGAAAGUAGAAUUUAAAAUGCCCCUUUACACACCAGUAUAUUGCAUUGAAGUUCUUCUGACAGCAACAGGACUCGGAGAAACACCAAGUACAGUUGAAAUUUCGAUGAAAUUAUUAGAUGUAGCUUAUUUAAAGUACAAAACAGUGUAUCACCACUAUCAAUCAUAUUGUUUACGGCAAAAUAUUCUAAUGAGUGAAGAAGAAAAGGAUCUGAAACUAAGGAUAUUGAAAUCAAAUACACUCUUCUUAAGCGCAGCGAUAGUAUUGUGCACAACAUAUUUUAUAAACUCAGGUAUCAGUGAUUCAGACAUCAUUACCAAAAAAAUUAUGGCAGAUAAAUUGGCAGAAUUAACAGAUACAAACUCCACUGGCAUUACUGUUAUGUCAAAUAUAUUGUUCCAAAUAGUUAUGGACAAAUAAUAUAAAUAGAUAUAUAAAGAUAUUUAUGUUAAU